AUGUCAGACGGUCGCAAAGAAUAUGUCGCUCAUAGGGAGGAGAUUCUCCUUUCAAUUAAUAAAUUAGAGUUGACUCUACUUCAAGAAGGGAUGAGUUACCUAGACAUUAUCACUAUUUAUCACAACACCAACGCCUUAGAAUUUACUAACCACAAACCAACACCUCGAUACCCUACUCAUCAAAAAAUGACUCUUUUAGAAAGUGCCCCGAUAUUACUCCAACUGAAAUUAGAGAGGGAAAAGGAACAGCAAUGCCUUGAUAAAGCUACAACAGAAAUCAUUUUAGCUCGAGCAACAACAGAAACCGCCAAAAAAGGAAUCAAAUUAACUCCACUGGCAUAUGAAGAAAUAGUCAAAGUACUUUCCCAGAGUAAAGAAGUUUUUCAUUGGGUGAAAAAGAAAGCAAAUUAUGUGGUGCGUGUUGAAGAAUAUGAGUUCCUCAAUUACUUCUGUGAUAAAAAUAACACGCCCUCACACUCCAUCAAAAAGGUCCGUAAAAUCGCACGCACGACUAUGCGCACGUACUUCGACAUUAUCCGGUCUUCCGGGAAGAAUUAUUGGAUUAUAGGCGAGUCUCCCGCGAAGUAUGGGAGUGUCAAGUAUUGUAAAGCGACGCCAAAAAUAGUUUAA